AUGGCCUCGUGCUCACCGUCACAGCCCGUCGCCCUGGGGACGGAGAGGGGCAAGAUCCGUGGAGCUGCGCAUGGGGUCAGCAUAUCGUCCUCCUGCUCCUCAAUUCUGGUCGGGUAUCGUUUGGUCCGUGCGGCAGAGAUGGUGAAUUCCUCCUUGGGUGCCCCAGGGUGGUGCGGCCUUAUAUUUCAAGAAAUAAAAUCUUAUGGUUACAUGCUAUCAGUUAAGAUUAAACAUAACAGACGAUAUACACCGGUUGAAUGGGUAUUAUACAUGUCAGGAAUUACCAACAGUACUUCUUCUUCUCUCAAAGCUGUCAAGAAAAUACAGCCAAAUAGAAAGUUAGAAGGAUUUUGA